AUGGGAGAUCAAAAUCAGCUUCUUAAGGAUUUCGCAACCCCAAAUUCUCAAGGCACACAGUCAAGCAUUACAAGGCCCAAUGUUGAAGCUAAUAACUUUGAGCUGAAACCAUCACUGCUCUCAAUGGUUCAACAGAAUCAGUUUGGAGGAGGUGCUACUGAAGACCCGAACCUCCACCUGUCAAUUUUCUUGGAGUAUUGCGACACUUUGAAACUUAAUGGAGUGACCAAUGAUGCUAUUCGACUCAGAUUAUUUCCGUUCUCUUUAAGGGACAAGGCUAGGGCUUGGUUACACUCAUUGCCAGCUGGGUCCAUCACCAUUUGGGAUCAAUUGUCCAGAGCGUUUCUUGCAAAGUAUUUUCCUCCAAGUAAAACAACACAGAUGAGGAACCAGAUCACAAGCUUUGUACAGAAGGAAGGAGAGUCACUUUAUGAAGCUUGGGAACGCUACAAGGAAUUAUUGAGGAUGUGCCCUCACCAUGGACUGGAGAAGUGGUUAAUUGUUCACACCUUCUACAAUGGGCUCACUUACAACACACGGAUGACUGUUGAUGCUGCUGCAGGAGGAGCUUUGAUGAACAAAACAAUAGACGAGGCAUACACUCUCAUUGAAGACAUGGCUCAGAAUCACUAUCAAUGGGCGAACGAGCGUGCUCCUCAGACAUCAAAAGGAGGCAAGUAUGAAAUAGAUGCUUUAGACCAUAUAUCCUCUAAAGUUGAUGCUUUAUUUAAGAAAGUUGAAGGUUUGAGUAUUAAUUCUGUGGCGUCUACUUCAAUUUCAUGUGAGAUAUGUGGCUAUGUGGGUCAUUCUGCACUUCAAUGUCAAUUAGGAAACCCCCCAUCCAUUGAUACUUCUGGUAAUGAGCAAGUUAACUAUGUUAAUAACUUUAAUCAGAAGGGAGACCCAUUCUCCAACACUUAUAAUCCGGGGUGGAGGAAUCAUCCUAAUUUUUCUUAUAGAAACCCACCUGGAAAUUCCAUGUCCGCAUCUAAUUUUGGUCCUCCUGGUUUUCGUCCCCCUCAAUCCAAUUUUCCUUCUCAAAAGUCAAAUUUGGAAAAUAUGAUGGAGAAGUUUGUGAUGACUCAAUCAAAAUUGAAUGAAGAAUUUAAGCAACAACUACAAACCACGAAUGAGGUAGUAAAACAAUUGGCCUCUAAGAUGGAUUCCCUAGCUACGCAUAACAAGAUGUUAGAGACACAAAUCACCCAAUUGGCACAAAAUGUUAGCUCUUCCUCUAGGCCUUCAGGCAUGCUACCUGGACAACCUGAGACGAAUCCCAGAGGUCAUGUGAAUGCUAUAACCCUUAGGAGUGGAAAACAAUAUGAGGGACCUAAGAUGAAGGAAAAUGAUGCGGUAGAUGGUCAUCAUGAAGAGAAAAAUAAAAAUGUGAUAGAUGUGGAUACUGAUACUAACAAAAGGAAGUUGGAAGAAUACGAGACUGUGGCCCUUACUGAGGAGUGUAGUGCUAUCAUCCAGAAUAAGCUGCCUCCUAAGCUUAAGGAUCCAGGUUCAUUUUCUAUUCCUUGUGUUAUUGGUAAUGUCUCUAUUAACCGUGCUUUGUGUGAUUUAGGUGCAAGCGUAAGUUUGAUGCCAAUGUCCAUCUAUAAGAAGCUUAGCAUAGGAGAUUUGAAGCCAACCACGAUAUCACUCCAACUGGCGGAUCGAUCGGUAAAAUAUCCGAUAGGUAUACUUGAAGAUGUACCUAUCCAGGUCAGUAAGUUCUUUAUCCCGGUUGAUUUUGUUAUUUUAGAAAUGGAAGAAGAUUCUAACAUCCCAAUUAUAUUAGGAAGACCCUUCCUUGCUACUGCAGGUGCUAUAAUCGAUGUUAAAAAUGGAAGUCUCUCCCUAAAUAUUGGAGGGGAGAAGGUAGAAUUUGAUUUGAGCAAUGCUAUGAAAACCCCUCUAACUGAUAAAGUUUGUUACAGGAUCGACGUGAUUGACAAGUCUACACAUGAGCAACUUGCAAACCAUUACUUAGCUGAUCCACUCGAGAAGUGUUUGGUAAGUGACGAUUCAAUAAAUGAUGAAGACCCGGAGGUAGUCGUGUAUGCUCAAUCUUUAGAAUCAACAUCAACUGCUCCAUUUCGAAAUGCAAAGUUUGAAAGUCUAAAGUUAAAGUCAAAAAGUUCUACUUGUGAAGAGGAUAAAGCACCCAUAGGCAUGACAUCGUUCAAGUUGGUAUAUGACAAAUCGUGUCAUCUCCCAGUUGAGUUAGAGCACAAGGCGUAUUGGGCUAUCAAGUUGCUAAAUUUCGAUAUGAAGACCGCAGGUGAGGAAAGAAAGCUUCAACGUCAUGAGCUAGAUGAGUCACGAUUAGAAUCCUAUGAGAAUGCUCACAUUUAUAAAGAAAAGACUAAACGAUGGCACGAUAAGAAUAUCCUUCGAAUAGAGUUUAAUCAAGGAGAUAUGGUAUUACUUUUCAACUCUCGUUUGAAGCUUUUUCCGGGCAAGCUCAAAUCUCGGUGGUCCGGACCUUUUCAAGUCCGUGAGGUUUUUCCUAGUGGAGUUGUUGAAGUUUGGAGUGAAACAACGGGAUCUUUCAAGGUGAAUGGGCAACGAUUGAAGCACUAUAUUGUAGGUGAACAAAACGAGAAAGGGGUCACUUAUACCCUUUCCGAUCCCCCUUCGUCGGAGAAUUGA